UGAUAAUACAAUUUUCAAUGAUACACCAUUAGAAAAUUAUAAGGAUACUUCCGCACAGUCUAAACAUGACUGAAAGUCGAGAACAUCUACCCAUAUUCAUACGAUAAUGCUUGUAAAACAUGAAUAACCUUCGUUGAACUGGUGACGAAAAAUGAUUUUUUCAAGGAGGUCAGGAGCAAUUUUGAGAGUCAAAAGUGUUGGUGGAGUAGUGAAUUUUUCAAAAAUUCACUACUCCACCAAAACAUAUCCAGCCCGCGACAGACUUGGACUUUGAAGCUGUUUCUAAUUCCGAGAUUUUAUUACCAUGCUGAAUGUUCCAUUUUGCAACUUGUGUUAUCUAUUAACCUAGAACGAUUGAUUAUACAUGAUUAGUGAAACUUUUUGGUAUAACCAAUUCGUAUGAUGGACUACAAACUUGCUUACAAAAAGGGCUGAUUAUAUUGCAAUUGCAACGUGGAUAAAAUACCUAUAUUUUUUCCUCAUUUGGUUGGCAUCCAGACAAUAAUUAAUAUUUUUACUCGAACUAGGUUAGUUUUUAUUAAACUUAAGUGUAAAGCUUUUGUCUGUUCUUUUUCAAAUUUUCUCCAUAUGGUAAAAAUAUUAAUGUAUAGAGAACGUUUCUUAGGAAAUAUUCCAGUAAAACACGAUGAUGGCCGAUACGUCAAAAAAAGAGAAAAUAGAAGCACACAAAAGUUCUUUUCAAUUUUUUAUAUAAAUUGUUGUUGCCGAGAGAGUAGUUUUUAAACUUACCGUCAAAUUGUCUACAAGACUUCUUGAUUUCUUUUUUCUUCAUGUAGUUUUAGAGACAAUCAAAAUGCAUAAAGUGAUUGAAUGUGUGCCAAAUUUUUCCGAAGGACAACGAAAAGAAGUAUUGCAAUAUCAAAAUACCGCUGUUAUAUAGUAUUUGUUAAAAUGAUAUAUUAUAGGUUAUCGAUACAAUUGCUCAUGCCAUUGCCGGUGUCGAAGGUGUCGCUUUACUAGAUGUAGAUCCUGGUUUAUCGACAAACAGAACAGUAUAUACUUUUGUCGGUCAUCCGCAAGCUGUUAUUGAAGCGGCUUUAGCAGCUGCAAGAGCCGCCUACAAUCUCAUUGAUAUGAGUAAACAUUCUGGUGAACAUCCUCGAAUUGGUGCCAUGGAUGUUGUACCGUUUGUUCCCGUUCAAAAUGCAACAAUGGAAGAUUGUGUAGAGAUAGCCAAAGAAUUUGGAGAACGUUUAGGAAGUGAAUUAAAUGUUCCAGUGUAUCUGUAUGCUGAAGCACAAGAUAAAGAAUAUCGUCGUGAUUUAUCGCAAAUUAGAGACGGUGAAUAUGAAGGGCUUUAUCAUAAAAUUCGUAAAUCCGAAUGGAAACCUGAUUAUGGUCCCGAUGAAUUUAUUGCUAAUUGGGGAGCUACAUGUUGUGGUGCUCGAAAAUUUCUAAUCGGUUACAAUGUAAAUAUAUUGGGUACAAAAGAGCAAGCUCAUCGUAUUGCACUCAAUCCUGGUAAAUUGAUGUGUGUUCGUGGUCUUGGAUGGUGGCUUGAAGAAGCAAAUUUAGCUCAAGUUUCUUUGAAUUUAACCGAUUUUGAAGUCACAAAUAUUCAUCAGGCAUAUGAACAAUGCUUACUAGAUGCACAAACGUUGAAUAUUGCCGUGUGUGGUUCACAAAUUGUUGGUCUUAUACCUUUACGUCCAUUAUUGAUGGCUGCCGAUUAUUUUAUUAAACAGCAAAAUUUAUUCAUAUUAGAUGAAGAUCAAAAGAUUCGUUUAGUUAUUCAACAAUUAGGUUUAAAUUCAAUAACACCAUUUAAUCCUAAAGAACGAAUUAUUGAAUAUAUAAUACAAGCACGUGAAGGAAAUGAUGAUGAUAAUCUUGUUUCAAUGGAAUUAAAAGAUUUUAUUCGUCAUGUUGGCUCACGAACAAUUGUUCCGGGUGGUGGCAGUGUAACUGCACUAAUUGCCACUUUAGGUACAUCGUUAGGUUCAAUGUGUUCAUUGUUAACAUAUGGAAUGAGAAAAUGGGAGUCACUUGAAAAAGAUAUGAGAAUUAUUAUUCCUCCAUUACAUAGUGCAACGAAAACAUUGAUGAACUAUAUUGAUAAUGAUACAGAAGCAUUUAACGCUUAUUUAACUGUACAAAAAAUGGCUGAAACAAAUGAAGAAGAAAAACGUUUUAAACAAAUAACUCAGAAUCGAUGUUUGGAACGAUGUAUUGAAAUGCCUUUAGCAAUUGCAAGACAUAUAAACGAAUUAUGGCCCGUUCUCAAAAAAUUAGCACCGUUAUUUAAUAUAAGUACAAAAGCAGACUUUUUUGUUUGUAUUAAAUGUAUGGAAACAGCUGUAUUUGGUUGUUAUAAAAAUAUUGAGGUCAAUGUAGUCAAUUUUCCUCAAAAUGAUGAAUACAUAUUAAAGGCAGCACAAUUGAAACAAGAGGGUACUCAAAUGUGGAAAACUGCUCAAAAAGAAGCACAAGAGCUAAUUGCAGUAGUGGAAGCAAGAAUAGAAUAA